AUGAUCAUAAGGCUAGUGCUGUGCUAUAUGGCGUUCGACUACAUGCAGUUGCCUACAGAGCGAGCCGCAGCAGCUUCCGCCAAAGCUGCAGCAAGCGAAGGAAGCGAUAAAGUCUGGUCGUUAGUAAUUUUACUAGUAAUGGUAACACACGUCGAGAACUACGCAAUCGGCACGGGAAAUGUAUCGUGGCAGCAAUCAGACAAGGUUGUUGAGAGGGAGUGGGAGUGUAGAAGAGAGUUCGAGAUAGGCGAGGGAGAAGAGGGGAGAAUCAGGGUAUGGAAUCGCGCAGGAUCGACAAAGUGUGGGUACGCCUUGAUUCCUGGAGAAUUGAAAAGAAAAUACGAAAAGAAAGAUUUCGGCAGAGACGUGGUUCGAUUCUGUGCUACUCACCGACCACGAUGA